AUGCUUGCUACACCGCUGACAAAGAACUUGGAUAUUGACCAUGUCUAUGAACCGGCAGAGGAUACGUUCUUAUUCCUUGAUCUUUUUGAAUCACUUCAUAAUUCGAGCUUCUAUAAAGAUAAGCGAAACUUUAAUAAUGACUGUCCUCUAGUGGUGGAAAUAGGCUCAGGUUCAGGGCUUAUCACAACAUUUAUCUCCCAACACCGAAUCAUACCGAAUGCGUUUCAUAUAGCCACAGAUAUCAAUUUGAUUGCAUUGGAAAACACAACAAAAACAUACAAAGACAACACGUCAUAUCCUGUAUUCGACGUUCUAAGAAGUAACUUAACAGAUGCAAUCAUUCCUGGUUCCAUAGAUGUACUCUUCUUCAAUCCACCGUAUGUCCCCAGCGAACAUGUCCCGCCGUUACCAAGUAUAGAUGAUGAUAGUGUAUGGUUAGAUUUGGCUCUUAUUGGUGGUGAUGAUGGGAUGUUGAUCACUAGAAAAGUUUUGAGCUCUCUAAAUCGGAUUCUUGCGGUAAGUGGACAUGCAUACAUUCUCUUUUGCGCAAGAAAUAACCAUCCCAAAGUUAUUGAAAAGUUCAAAGAAGAAAACUUAAAUUUCAGUGUGGAAUUAACUAUUCAAAGAAAAUGUGGGUGGGAAGAACUUGCAAUUUAUAGAUUUACAAAAACAAAAGAAUAA